AUGGCCGCCUAUUGCAGUGUCAAUAAGGCUAUUGGGGGAGGAUUUGGGUGGCCGCUGGCCGCGUUACACAGGUGGCUGUUUAUUCCAAAGCCUGGCCCUGGGGAGCAUCCAUUACAGUUCAACUACUCCCUGUGGUUCUCCAGGAAAGCACCAGGAAAACACUCUACAGCAACUAGUUAUGACCAAAAUCUCAAGCUUGUGGGAACAUUUGCAUCAGUGGAACAGUUCUGGAAGUAUUAUGCCCACAUAGUGCGACCCAGCGAUUUAACAGGGCACAGUGAUUAUCAUUUGUUUAAGGAGGGAAUUCGUCCAAUGUGGGAGGAUUCAGCAAAUAACAAGGGAGGUAAAUGGAUAGUUCGACUGAAGAAAGGCCUGGCCUCUCGGUGUUGGGAGAAUUUAAUUCUAGCCAUGCUGGGAGAACAGUUUAUGGUGGGAGAGGAGAUAUGUGGGGCAGUCAUCUCAAUACGAUACCAGGAGGACAUUUUGUCCCUAUGGAACAGAACAGCAAGUGAUCAACAGACCACGUCCAGAAUUAGGGACACGCUUAAACGAGUUCUCAACCUUCCACCCAAUACCAUCAUGGAAUAUAAGACACACAAUGAUAGCAUCAAGGACAAUUCAAGCUUCAGAAAUACAGAUAUUUUCAUGAGGUGACACUGGAACAAGCCAUUCUACCUGUAGAGAAAACUGUUUAACAAAGAGACAAGGUUAACAAAAUGUCACUGUGCUCUGUGUUUGGAAAAAGUAGACAUUUUUUUCUUUCAUUGCAAUAUUACAGAGGCACAAGAGCAAGAAAAAUUAAACUUUGUCAGUGCAUAUUACCACAAGGCAAAAUGGACGCAGUGUAAGAGAGUACUUGAUUUAUGCCCUACUGUUUUCAACAAACA